UAGUCGGCUUAAAAACCCUAGCAGCUGUGCAUAAAACCUCAUAUCGCAGACCUCCUUGGUUCAUUUCGCAUUCGGCUGCAUAUACCCUUCUCCGUUCUCCACAGAUCCAGAGCCUCUCAAGCAGAGAUGAAGGUUGUUGCAGCAUACUUGUUGGCUGUGUUGGGGGGCAAUACCACCCCUUCUGCCGAAGAUCUCAAGGACAUCCUUGGCUCUGUUGGAGCUGAGACUGAUGAUGAUAGGAUUCAGCUUCUUCUUUCGGAAGUGAAGGGUAAGGACAUUACAGAGCUUAUUGCUUCUGGAAGGGAGAAGUUGGCCUCUGUACCAUCUGGUGGUGGUGCUGUUGCAGUGGCUGCACCUGGUGCUGGUGCUGGUGCCGCUGCUCCUGCUGCAGCUGAGCCAAAGAAAGAAGAGAAGGUUGAGGAGAAAGAGGAUACCGAUGAUGAUAUGGGCUUCAGUCUCUUUGACUAGAGUGGUUGCAAUGCUUACAUCAUGAAGGGACUGUUUGGUUAUUUGAGUUGGAUAGAUUUUUUUUUAAAUGGAGUGUAUUGUUUUUGGAUCGUAGCUAGUAGAAGACUUUAUGACAAUCUAAAAUGUAGUAGAUUAUGCAAUUAUGGUGGCUUUGAAUCCACUUUUCUAUCAAAGUUCAUUAAUCUUUUGUCUUGACA